AGCAAUAAGAGAAGCAUCUGUGUGUCUGAAUUCAAAUAAACGUUCCUGAAUGUGAAAGAGCAGCGUUGUUCUCCCCAGCUUCAGAGACCAUCCAGCUCUUACGAUUUUGUCAUGGAGUCCAGCAAAGUGGUGGAAAAUAUCUACCUGCUGGUCAUCGUCACACUCAUCAGUGUUCUUCAGAAUGUGUUUUUUGCUCAAAAGGUUGAAAGAGAAUGCAAGAAUCGUAACACGAGCACGUCUGCUUUUGAGCGAGUGUCUUGUGCAAACCGGAACUGCAUGGACGCCUACCCCACUUUUCUGGCAGUGAUGUGGUGUGCAGGAGUUUGUCUCAGUCAAGCCCCUGCAGCCUUCGCUGGGAUCAUCUACCUUUUUGUCAGACAGAAGUACUUCAUUGGAUAUCUGGGACAGAGCUCUCAAAGCACUCCUGGAUACCUGUUUGGAAAACGCAUCAUCUCCUUCCUGUCCCUGAUGUGCAUUGUAGGCGUCUUCAACUACCUGCUGUGGAGCUAUUAUGGCAGCGACUACAAGGAAUACGUAGAAACUAUCACAAACGCUGCAUCUGCUCUCCUGCUCCUCCCGUAGCUCAGUGUCACAUAUAGGGAGGAACAUAAGUACUGAACAUGCCAUUGAAUUUUUCUUAUCGCUAAUGGGGCUAUUGACAUGUAACACAAAUAAUUCACACACACGCAUAAUACAAAAAAAUAAGUCUAUAAUUUCAGCUAGUUGUAAUAAAGCAUAAUGGCAAAGGAAAUAGCAACUGAGCACAACAAAAACUAGCUUUAAAGAAGGCAUAGAUAGCUAAGAACGCCACGGAAAUAUAUCAGCACUUAAAAAGCAACAGUACUCCCUAUCAGCAACAAAUUCCUAUUAAAACCUAUAAAGGAGAUUACUUCCAGCAUGCAAGAAGUGGGAAUCAAGAAAUGCAACCUCAUUGUUCCAGAACCUACUGAAGGAAUUAAUUACAGAUGUGUUUCUAAACUGCUGAAUGUUCCAGUAAACAGAGAUUACUGGAACGACCUCGGGGUGGAAAGAAUUUUACCAUAAACCAGCCACAACUAAGUACUCGUCACAAGAUUUUCAGCAGAAUAGUUAAAAUAAUCUGGAAAGUUGUCCAAGAGUCAACGACCACCAAACGCGGCACGAGCUGGUCCUGUUGGUUCAUGAGAACAGAGAGCAAUUUGGUGGAGAAAUGUAACUCCACAUCACUAAAACAGAAUUAUAAAGUUUGAUGGUGGGAACAUACAUAAAUCAAAUUAGGGUGGAUUUUAGCUAAUGGUCUCAGAAAACAAAGCAAACAGAUAAUUGAAUGGGCUAGACUAAAAUUAAGCUGAACAGGCAGAAAUGGAAAUCAAACAGAUGAAGAUUAAAUUCUUCCUAACCAACGUAAGGUACUAGUUUCUUUCAAGGGAUAAAUUGUCAAAUAUUUUUAUUUUAGUUCUUGCUUUAUUUCUCCAAGUAGUUUUUCUAAUCCUCCCAGAAUGUUCCACUUUAAAUUGUAGACCAAGUUGUUGUGUUGAUUUUGUCGUGUAGUACUACUUGGAUUAUUACUAUUAUCUGUUCAUGUAAAUAGCGUCAUUACAUAAGUUCAAUGCUUUUAUCAUAUCCCACAUUCAAGGUAAAAUAAUUAAAAGGCUUUAAUCACA